GGGAAGUAGUUUGAAAUGUUCAGGGUUACCUCUCACGGUGCACACCUUCAGGACACAAUUGUCCACGUAUUCCGUAAAUACAGCUUGUCUGUGGAUGAGGUGUAUACGAAAUCGCUCUUAAACACCCUGAGCCAAAAAAGUUUGAAAUUACCACCGUCUUCUGAAACACGCACUCUGGAAAGCACAAAUAAUUUAACCGAAGGUCUACCAGAUACUAAGGCUUUUAGCGUACGUAAAACUCGUCAGUUUCCUAAGUGUAAUCAGGAGAAAAAUUUUGAGAAACCAUUACGUGAGUUAACGCUUCGUCACACCAAUUGUGAUACUUUAAAGACUCCACUUCGAACGUCCAAUAAUUUGCUUCGUAAAGUUCUAGAAACCCGAAAAUCCACCCAAUCUUUGCCGUGUAACGAUAAAUUGCCACAAAAACAAAUAAAAGCCUACUUAAACCCUAGCCAAACACCAAAAGAGAGCAUAGAUAUAUUAUCGCAAUGGUUUAAAGAGUUAGAGUUGGACGAGCUGGUUCAUGUGCCGCUAUCUUCUGCUAAUCUUGCCGCCUACAUCCCAAGUUGUUUUACCCUGUCACAACUAGUGAAACUAGGUGUUAAUUUAUCCAGAGUUGAAGCUGUUCCAGGUGUUGCAAAUAUGUUGAUGAAGCUUGAUUUUCAUAAUGAUAUUGAACCUAUACUAUGGCAACUUUCAGACUUUGGAUUUCAACCUAAACAAAUUGCUCGGAUUAUUACGGCGUUCCCAAAAUUACUUAAAUUACCACUGUGCGAAAUCAGUGCACGAUUAACUUAUUUUACAGACAGGAAAGUUUCGCCUACAGAUGUUGUAACAGUGAUAUGUCAAAUUCCUAAUAUACUCGAAAAACCGCCCAUCGAAAUAGAUAAAAAUCUUGGUCAAAUCAAGUCACUCAUACAGUUAAAAAAUUCAGAGAUUGUCAAGGUAAUCACGACGGAGCCUAAAAUCAUUAUACACCCAUUACCAAAAAUUAAGGAUGUUUUUGUUGUUCUGUCAAAAAUGAUGGGAUUUUCACAGUCAGUUAUACAUGAAUUAAUUCUUACUAGCCCGAAGUUAUUGAUAACAGAACGUCAACAUCUGUCAGACAACUUCAAAAUUAUGCACUGGCAUCUUAAUCUUCCAGUUGAUCUCAUACGGAUAUGGCCAGAAGCUUUAUCUGCAGCACCGCACUUACUACAUCAACGAUGCACAUUUCUCGUGCGUCGAAAGUUGUUUCAGCCAGAUCCAACCAAACCCCUAUAUACACCUCUCAGUUCUAUAGUUUUACAAGACGACGAUGAGUUUUGUCAAAAAUACGGAUUUACUACAGAAGAGGAUUACGACAAUUUUCUGCGAACUCUGUGA